GGGCCCCGCCCCCCGCGCGCACGUGGCCGCAGGGCGGGGCCCCCGCGCGAGGCGCCUCCGCACGCGGCCCCGCCCCUCCGCGCAGCUCCCCCUGGCGGCCGCCGCCGCCUCCCGCGCCUGCUUUGUGCCGCGUGCGGCGGGGAUGCCGGGGCAGGCGCGGGUGCGCGCGCUGAGCCUCAGCCUCAGCCUGUGCUCGUUGGGGCUGCUGCUCGCGGCGCUGUGCAGCGACCACUGGUACGAGACGGACCCGCGGCGGCACCGCGACAGCUGCGAGCGCCGCGCCCCCGCCGCCGCCGGCCCGCGGCCCCGCCAGCGCCUCCUGCCGCUGCCGCUGCGCCGCGCCCCGGCCCCGGCCCCUGCGCCUGUCCCCGGCCUGCCGCCCGCCCGCUGCGCCCGCCCGCUCUUCGCCACCCACGCCGGGCUCUGGAGGAAGUGCUACUACCUGGGCGUCGACCGCGACCUCGACAGCCUCGUCCGGAGAGGCAUUGCUCAGAGAUGUACAGCUAUCAAGUACCACUUUUCCCAGCCAAUACGCUUGCGAAACAUUCCCUUCAAUUUAACAAAGACAAUUCAGCAGGAUGAGUGGCAUCUACUUCAUUUAAGAAGAAUCACCGCUGGUUUUCUGGGCAUGGCAGCAGCAGUUCUUCUCUGUGGAUGCAUUGUAGCAACAGUUAGUUUCUUCUGGGAGGAAAGCCUCACACAGCACGUUGCAGGCCUUCUGUUCCUUAUGACAGGAAUAUUUUGCACUAUUUCCUUGUGUACGUACGCAGCAAGCAUAUCAUAUGAUCUAAAUCGUUUACCUAAAUUCAUAUAUGGUCUUCCCGAUGAUGUAGAACAUGGAUACAGCUGGUCUCUAUUUUGUGCUUGUUGCAGUUUAGGAUUUAUAGUGGCAGCAGGAUGUCUUUGUACUGCCUACCCAUUUGCUAGUAGGACCAAGAUUAUUCAUCUAAAAUCUGCCAGAGAUUCUUCUGUAUGACUGCUAUCAGAUGAUCUUCAACAACAUUCAGUAACAGACGCAGUAGUCUCCAAGUACUCACCAAAGAAGCAGGGGGAAAAAUAAAGGGAAAGCUAAAUUCAGGUUUCCAAGCACAAAAGCCUGAUCCUUCAAAAAUCUUGACCCGUAAAACCCUUUCUUAAGCAGAGGAGGACUCAUCUUGUUUCUUUCUAGGAGACUAUAAGAAAGGAAACACCUUUUCAAGGACAAGUUCAAUAUGCUGAACACUUACAGCAUGAAGAUGAUGAGAUCUGUUUACACUGGAAAGUUAAAUGGUUAGUAAAAAAUGAGGAAGAACUCUGAAGAGAAUUUAAGGCAAUUUGUAUUUUUCAACAGUUUGUAUAUAAAGAACAACCAUUAUUGGAGGAAAAGUCAUCUUUGUGUCUCAGUGAGAGAGAAACUUUUCUUUCAUGGUAUGGUGGUUUUAACGCAUCUUCUGAAAUUGGACUUGGAGGACAGGAUUUUUUAUUUACUAUUAAAUAGUAUCGUCUCUUCCUAUAUAGCUUGAGUGAGUGUUCCUUAUCAAAACAAGUCAUACUUUGCUCUAUUUCUUAUCUGACUUGCCUUGUAAUUUAUAAGCAACCAAAAUGUCCAUUGUUAAAAUAGAUGAGAGAUCCAUUGUGUGAGAGAGAAUCCUAUCAGUGUUGUUGGAAGUCACAUGGUUGUGAAACUUUUUUUGCUAAGCUAGUUUAAUAGUAAAAUAGUCCCUCUAGUAACAGCAUGUGUGUUGAAUGCAAGUUUGUGGCUUGGAAGUGACCUUCCUUUUGAAUGGUGGUGUAAAUUAAAAGCUUAAGGGAAAGCGAUUAUGGCAAGAUUUCUAUUAAUAUUUAGAUGCAUUUUAUUGCCUCUCCCUAUGGCCCACGUCUACAAUCUGCAUAGAACAGCCUGGAAUUAACAACAUAAACUGUCUUUUGUAUUUACAUGUCUAUAUGUAACAAUUGCCUGCAGUCAUGCUUUUUGCUUACACAGGUAGAAGUCACCUGCUGUAGUCACAACCUCCAAUGAAGAUAUUAGAAGUGGGAGAGUACUGCCUUUGAUGGAUCAUUUGCCCCCUCCCCCAGAUCCUAGUGCUCAUUCUACAGGAACCACAAGGAUAGGAUGGGAACAAUCACUUUUUCUGGAUACCCUUUCUGACCUCUGAAUCUGUUUGUCUUUAAAGUUGAACUCUAAGCAUGAAUGUAGGUUGAAACCAGGUGCCCUUCCUCCAGGUCUGGGGUGCCAUUCCCCAAGCCUAUCCGUCUUGUGGUCUGAAAACCCUUCCUUUUAUUAAAAGGAGCUUUCCAAAAAACUUCA